AUGCCUUAUAAAAAUGAUGACUGUUGUGGAGUCUUUGGCCAAAACAAUCAGAACAUUCAUACUGGUGAGAAGCCCUAUCAAUGUGAUGACUGCGGGAAGGCCUUCAACCAAAAGUCCUAUCUUAUUGUACCUCAGAGGAUUCAUACUGGAGAAAUGCCCUUUAAAUGCAACGAAUGCAGUAAGGCCUUCAGCCAGAGGUCACACCUUAUUGUACAUAAUAGAAUUCCUAUAGGAGAGAAACCUCAUCAGUGUAAUCAUUGUGGAAAGGCUUUUAGAACAAGGUCUACCCUUGUUGUACAUCAGAGAAUUCACAGUGAAGAAAUGCCUUAUAAAUAUAAUCAAUGUGGGAAGAUCUUUAGCCAUGCUCGAGCUUUUCUUCAGCACCAGAAUAAUCAUACUGAAGAGAAGCCCUAUCAGUGUGACGAAUGUGGGAAAGCCUUCAGCCAAAGGUCUCACCUUGCUGUACACCAGAGAAUCCACACUGGAGAAAAACUUCAUAGGUGUCAUGAAUGUGGCAAGGCUUUCAAAGGACACUCAUCCCUUAUCUGCCAUGAGAGAAUUCAUACUGGAGAGAAACCUUAUGAAUGGCAUCAAUGUGGAAACGCUUUUAGAACAAG